GCAUUGUUCUCAGUCCUGCUCCUCAUCACACCCAUCCUUGCUUCCCGCCACGACGACGAUGGCGCCCGAACUUGCGAGCCUAGACUCUGUCCUGCACCAGAUCGUUGGCGCGAACAACGCAUCGAGUCUGAAUCACGCGAUCAAGACCGGGCUUCCGAAGGACACGCGCGAGACGAUCCUCAGCAGCACGACAUCGGAUGGACGGGACCCUUUAGCGCUGCUCGAUGUGCGGCAACAUACUUUGGGGAUGCUGUGGAUUAUCACAGCACGCCUCCUCACUGGCACAGUCUCCCCCCUCCCCCCCGCCAACCUCAUCCUCGACUUCUGCGAACACUUCGAUCAAGCGCAGGCGCGCGCCGCACCAGACAGGAUCGCCAUCCUCUCUAGGAACUUGAUGAGAUAUGGCGCCAGAAUGGGAUUGGGAGAACAAUGGUCGUUGAACCCACUGCGGAGCCUCGUCUUGCGAUACCCGAUUGACCCAAGUCAUUUGACGCCUAUUCACCCGAUCUACAUAUGGGUGGUACACACGACACGAAACUAUGCACACGCGAAGGACCUGCUGCUGAACUACCCGAUCACCGACCUGGAUGCAUCCGCCAAAGAUGAGUUAGACGUGCAGAACUGCUUGAUGUACGCACAUCUGGCCGGCAUGACCAUGGCCCUCCUCGCCUUCUCGCCACAAGACUCGACAACAUCGACGAAGCAGCUCCUCGCAUCCGCCCUCUCGUACUACACAACAUGUAUCACGCAUCCUGGGAACGCGGUCAGCGCGAUGCAGCUGGAGUCGUUGAAACACCUACGCCUCGUUCAGUGCAUCGGCUACGGCGAGACGGGUCCGCUGCCCAAGUACGUGAGCGCAAUGCUGCUGAAGAUGUUCAAGAACACGCCGUACUCGGCGUUCGUGGCCGCGUACCCGCAGGAUCCGAAGCAGUUGCAGUCGAUCUUCGACAAGCACGCACCCUCCGCGCGAGACAAGGGCUUAUGGGUGGAAGAGAACACGUUCUCGCUGAUGCAGCUCGCGCUCGACGCGCAGCCGAAGUGGGCGCUGAAGCGGCUGACGGAGACAUACGUGACGCUGCGACUGGCGGAUAUCGGGCGCGAGAUUGGGGUGAAGGAUGAGGAGGAGGUGCGCGCGUUGGUGUUGAGUAUGAUCGAGUCGGAGACCAUUCACGCGACGAUCGCUGGUUCAACGGUGACGUUCGUGGACCCUGUGCGAACGGUCUCGAAGGCGCAGAUUGAUGCUGUCCUGCGCGCCGCUCAGCAGCAGGGCAGCAUCCUCGAGAGCGCCGACAGGCAACUUGGGCUGAACAAGGACUUCUUGAGCAAGGCCGUCCGCAACCGCCACGAUAUGGACGACUUCACCAGCAGUGCGGCUUACGGCGGGGACGAAGACCUCAUGGGCGACACCAUGCAGCAAAUUACGCGUGGGGAGGUCACGGCAGGCUUCGUGGACGAUGGCAUGUUCAGCGCGGCGUGAGUCCGCGCGGCAUGAGUCGAGGAGUAGAACAUCUGUAUCUUCUAAUGCAACGCUUUGCUAUGUAAGUCAUCUGUAAAGUAGAGCCCCUGACUCCCGAAUGGAGUGCGCUUGUAGCAGCGUAUUUGGCGCUAUGGGUGUUGCGGCACGUGCUGCAUCCGCAUUUCCUUAUUCGGAAUAUUCAUUGUUCUCUCCUUGUCUCCUGC